AUGCGCUUGUCCCUCUCCACGGCCUGCAGCAGCUGCCUGCUGCUGCUCCUGCUGCCCGCCGCCCCCGUCACCGCCGCCCUCGACUCCCGUCCCUCGUGGCGCCGGUUGUCUGAUCGCAUCAUCCAGGCCGCCUGGGGUCAUCAUUAUGCCCCCCAGCCUGCCCGUGCCGGCCGCUUCCCGCCGCCCGGUAAGAUGCUGGCCCGCUACGGCGAUGACAUGGUCUUGCGCUUCAACAUCUCCACCGAGCACGAGGCCUUGAAGCUCGCCGAGGCCGCCGACACCCUCUUCCUCGACGUCUGGGAGUUCAAUGCCAACUGGGUCGACAUUCGCGUCGCCAAGGAUGUCGUGCCUUCUUUCAUCGGCCUCCUCCCCGCAUCACUCCACGACGCCCACGUCCCAGUCAUGCAGGGCCAUGAUCUGGCCCAGGCCGUCUACGAUUCGUAUCCAACAACCGACGAGCCCUUCUCGCACUCGCUGCACCCCUCGCAGAAUGCCGACACGCAGACGAACCUUUUCUUCCGCGACUACCAGCCAUUCUCAGUCAUGCUGCCUUGGUUACGCCUUAUGGAGUCUCUUUUCUCCAGCCACGUUCGUUACGUCAAUAUUGGUAUGAGCUAUGAAGGCCGGGACAUACCUGCUCUGCGCGUUGGUGUGCAUCCCAAAAACAAUGAGAAAGGUGACGCACCACGUAAAACGAUUAUUGUUUCAGGUGGCGUGCACGCCCGUGAAUGGAUCAGCACUACCACCGUCAACUACCUGGCAUAUUCCAUGAUAACAUCUUACGGCAAGGACGUAUCCACCACCUCCCUUCUUGAGGCUUUUGAUUGGGUCUUCAUCCCCACUCUCAACCCGGAUGGCUACGUCUAUUCGUGGGAAAACGAUCGUUUGUGGCGCAAGAACCGCCAAAAGACCUCACUCCGCUUUUGCCAGGGAAUUGACUUGGAUCGAUCUUUUGAUUUCCAUUGGGAUGGUGAAAGCACCAAGGCGAACCCUUGCUCCGAAACCUUCGCUGGUGAUGAGCCUUUCGAAGGCGUGGAAGCCAAGCGCUUCGCCGAGUGGGCAAAGAACCAGACCCAGGACAACAACGUCGAAUUUGUAGGAUUCCUGGACCUUCACUCCUACUCUCAGCAGGUCCUUUAUCCGUAUUCAUUUUCUUGCCACGAGGAGCCACCUACGCUCGAGAAUCUCGAGGAGGUUGCUCUCGGCCUUGCCAAAGCGAUCCGUAUUUCGAAAGGCGGGUACGUCUAUACAGCGGAUUCAGCAUGCAGAGGCAAUGUCGUGGCUUCCGAGAACAACAAAGAAGACAAAGUUUAUCUGCCGCGUUUUGAAAACGGUGGCGGUAGCGCGCUCGAUUGGUUUUACCACGAGAUUGGAAUCAAAAACUCAUAUCAGAUUAAGCUUAGGGAUACUGGAAGCUACGGAUUCUUGCUGCCAAAGCAGCACAUUGUCCCCACGGGGAAAGAAGUUUUGGACGCACUGACAUAUCUUGGUCACACUCUGCUAGGAGACACCGGCUUCGAGUUGGAUUUGGGAGCAGAAGAUGAGGCCUACCACGUGCCCAUGGGCGAGAAGGUUUACGGCCAGGAGGCGUCUGAAGAAGACCCUACUGGUGUGGACAACGAGGUAGGAUCGCAUUAUGCAAACGACAACAUGGAGUGGGAGUUGAGGCGGAGGAGACGUUAA